AUUUCAUAAGUUAUUUUUAGUACUCAUCCAAUAAUAAUUAUUUAUUGGAAAUAAAAUCAAACUCGUAAAAUAAUGAAUAUUUUAUGAUUUUCGUUAUUAAAAAUGUAAUAAUGUAAUGAAUCAGGGACUGCCUGAUUUAUAUCCAAAAACACACAAAGUUUAAAAUAUGGCUUUAAUUUUUUACUUUUGUAUUAAAAUGUAAAACAUUUCAAAGCGUGUUUAUUUUUAAAAACGUGUUAGUUAAAAAGUUAUAUUAAUAAAUGAUUCAAUAAUGAAUAAUGAAUACUAAUGAGGAGGGGUUGGAUCAAUAAAAUAGAAUAGAAAUCAAUAGAAGUCCAAUUGUUGACUUUUGGAGAGAAAUCAUGGCAACUGUGAGUUACAUUUUUAUCUCAAAGAAGACAUUCUUGUCAUGCCUUGUUGUUGUCACUGUAUGUUCCAAUAAAUAGAAAACUUUUUUAUAAAGAGGAAGGAUGAAUCCGAAGAAUCGGAUGUUUUUGGCAAAGAUAAAAACUAUUUUUUUCGCACCCAUUCCCCUUCAGAGUAGUAACAAAAAUCAGGGAGCACUCGAAAUGCUGUCUUGAAAGAAAUAUCACUAUUAUCGGGCACCAGCCAGACGUUACGUAGUCCCUCACAACAAACACUCGGCUAUCAGCUGAUACACUAGAUGCCAUAAACUGUGCCACCAGCGGUCGGUGGGGGGAGUUGUUUUUCAGCGGAGAAUAGAGAGAACGUGCUUGCGGGCCGGCUAUCGGGCUGUAGCGCGGCACGGCCCAAAACGCAAACAAAUAUCUGAAACAACAGUUCCAAUAUUCAAUAUUCGGUGAGAGGCGUCAUUAAGUUUUAUUGGUUACUGGCCCGAAACGGGUGCGAUCGGCUGGCGGAUCAAGUUCAAGAGCCAAAAACAAAGCAAAACACGCCGAAUGCAAACAAAACAAACGCCGAGACCAGUUCCGCGGUAUAUAGGGUUGCUGGCGAAGGCUGCGUUCUGGUUUGGCAUUAAAAAGCCCCGCCGAGCCAGUCCGCACUCAGUCUUCUUCUGCCGAGAUGCUGUCGCUAAACUAUCCAAACUAUCUCCUGGUCGUCCUCGUUUUCGGAGCUUGUGGGGCUCUCGAGUUGGAGGAAGUGGCGCUGAAGAGUCUGGACUGCCGGGAGAACGUCUGCCGGGGCCUGGACCUGUCCAGCCCUUCGGAGGUGGGCCGGCUCACCAAGGAGGCUGCCGAUACCCUGCAGGGCCACGAGUCCCUCAUUUUGCACAGCAGUCGGUUGGCCAACCUACCGAGGAAUGUGUUCCGCAGCCUCCCCCAACUCGUGGAGCUCGACGUGCUGGAGUGUGAGGUGCAAAGGAUCGAAAGAAAGUGUUUUGAAGGCGCGCGAAACCUGAGGAGGCUGAACCUAGGCGGAAAUCUUAUCAGCGAUUUGGAAAGCAGUGCCUUCGAACUGGCGACCGAACUGGAGGAACUCAACUUGUCGGACAACCGCGUGGAGGAGCUACCGGCGAGGCUGUUCCUGCCUCUCAGGAAGCUGCAGAAGAUCAACCUGUCCAGCAACAACAUCAAGUCCAUUUCCCCCUUGCUAUUCUCCCAGCUGAACGCCCUGAAGUUUGUGAACUUGGACGGCAACCAGUUGGGGGAUCUGCCGAGCGAACUCUUUCGGGACCAGCGGAGGCGCUUGACGGAGUUCUCGGCCAGAAGCAACCGACUAGAACGGUUUCCCUCGAACUUGCUCGUUUCCCUGGAAAGGCUGUCUCUGUCCGGGAACUUUGCCCUCAAGAAGCUCCAACUACCCGCCGACGUGGACCAACUGCAGGCCACAAACUGCGGGCUGGAGUCGGUAAGCCUGAGUGGAAGAGUCGUCAGUGUCCAGCUGGAGGACAACCCGAGCUUGAAAGACCUCAGGAUAUCCCAGCCGGAGCACCUGGAGCAGCUCUACCUGGCCAACACCAACCUCUCGCGCCUCGACUUCUUGUCCAAGUCCAAAAAUUUGGUCGACCUGGAUGUGACGGGCAUCGAAAACCUGUCGGAUUUGCCGCAAAUUACAAGCUCCAGAGACCUGGAGCGUCUCAGCUUCACGUAUGACAAUAAGACUUCGGAUAAUAUGGACAUGCUGCCCGAGCUGAAGAACCUCAACUACCUGGAAAUCAGCCACGAGAAGGGCAAGGAGGUCUUCGUAAAGGACCUGGACGAGGACUUCUUUGUGGACCACGCAGAGGUGAACUGCGGCCAGCUGGCGGAGCUCCUGGAGUUUGUCGACUUGCCGAAGGACACCACCAUUCUGGAGGACCGGGUGGUGGGCGACCCGAGAGGUCCUCUGAGAUGUGGAGUUGUUUGAAGGGCCUCGACCUCGAGGGCUAUUGUUAAGUUUUAGUUAAAAAAUAAACACGAUCGUUAACAACAA